AUGAAUGGUGAAAUAUCUCAAGUCGAUCAUGUUUCAUCGGAAAUCGUUGAACUUACAUCAUUGCCAUCAUCAUCUCUAUGUCAGGUAAAAUUUAUUUCGGAAAUCGGUAUAUUCUGUGAAGAACUUCUUCAUCGUUUAUCUGAAAUAGGUAUCGGUCGAUUACCUGGUACACGAGUAGCUGUUGUACCUCUUACCUGUGCAAUUGGCUAUUCAACAUUGACAUCAUGCAAAGUUCCAGCAUUAUCUACAAUAUCAUUAAAAUCAAAGAGAAAUUAUAUACCAAAAGUUGCUAGAAUUAAUUCUAAAGUAGCAUUAUCUGAUUUACAUCUUCCUCGACCGUCCCAACAACGUACAUCUAUUCGAGCAGAUUUUAUGCAAAGUAUUCGAUCACGUCUAAUGGUUUUUCAAGUUGUUCAAGCUAUUCGUGCACAAUCGUCAAUAACAUUUGAUUUUGUUGUUCUUCUGACACUUGCUAGUAUUUUAGCUACUCUGGGUUUACUUGAAAAUAGUUCUGUUAUACUUGUUGCUUCCAUGCUUAUUUCACCAUUAAUGGGUCCUAUUUUAGCUAUUGUCUUUGGACUUUGUAUUCAUGAUCGUUCAUUGUGGCAAGCGGGUCUUCGAUCAGAAUUUCUCGGUCUUUUCAUUUGUGUUUCAUGUGGCUUUUUAAUGAGUUUAGGAACAUCUAUAUGGGAAACUAGUUGGGGUAGUACAACAUCAUUUCCAACAGCCGAAAUGAAAACACGUGGUGAUCUAACACGAUUAUCAGUUGGUAGUAUGAUUGCAUUACCUUCAGGAGCUGGUGUUGCACUGUCAGUUCUAGGAGGAAAUGCCGGUUCAUUAGUCGGUGUAGCUAUAUCAGCAUCAUUACUUCCACCAGCUGUUAACUCAGGUUUUCUAUUAGGUUAUUCAUUAUUAACAGUAAUUUUACCAAAUUCAUUUGGUCGUCGUUCAAAUGAAACUUAUAUUUUCGAACGUAAAAUUUAUCCAUAUAAUAAAAUGAUAUGUCAAGUACAUUUAUCAAAUGAAUAUCGUUCAUUGUAUUCAUGUAAUAUAUCAAUUGAAACAUUUAUUUUGGCUAUUUCAAGUUUUCUUCUUACACUUGUUAAUAUUCUAUGUAUAGUUUUAUGUGGAUUAAUUGUCUUAAGAAUAAAAGAAGUUGCACCAAGUAAUUCGAAAAAUGAAAAACAACAAUCUAAUACAGAUCGAUUUUUUCACAAUGAUAUGCGUCGAUUUCGUGAUUAUCAAAAAACAAUUCGUAAUACACAAGAACUUAUUGAUGAAAAUACAACUGGAAUUUCAACAUCAUUUCAUACUGAUGAUAGUGCAAAACGUGAAUUACAUAAACAAUUACUUGCACUUGCUUCAUUACAUGAUUUAGAUAUGACUAAUGAAAAUGAUUUAACAUUAAAUAAUAUUCAAGCACGAGAUAAAGUUAAACAACUUUAUAAGACAAUGAUACAAUUUGAUGAAGAUGCUAAACGUCUUGAUAUUGGACUCAAAAAUAAAGAACCACUAUCGAUUUUAAUGAUGGAUGUCUUACCACCUAAAUGGACUGAAAUCUUUCAACAUGAGCAAGUGCAAUCAAUAGCUGAACAACAACAACAAGUUCAUAAAGAAAAUGUUCAGUCUCAUAGAUCAUAUCAUUGGCAUAGUCCAACACAUUAUAAUACUUAUCAAGCAUGUACAAUACAUCCUGAUGAUGAUGAUCAUCAUCGUCAUCAUCAUCAUCAUCAUUUACCAAACAGCCAUUGUAUAUUUUGUGAACAUCUAUAUUCAUCAAAUCCUUCGAUUAUAACCUCGACAUCAUUUAUCGAUAAAGAGAAUGAAACACAGUUAGAUGGUACACGUUUUCGUCUUACGAAAGCUACAAUUUCCAUGAAUGAUGAACAACAGCAACAACAGCAACAAUUCAAUAGUCAGAUGAACCCAUAA